AUAUCCACAGCCUUACACCCUUCCCAUCCACCACAACCACACCCCAUCAACCCUUCCCACCACCCCUCCACUCCCCAUACAAACCAAAAGCUACCCCAUGCGAUAACCCACAUCCCAAUCACACGUACCAUGUCCUUCGAAAGCCCGCAACCGCCCUACAACGGCGACCCCUCCGCCACCUUCCUCAGCAGCUCCUGCCUCGACUUCCUCCUCAUCGAGCUCGUCCCGCUCGCCUACCGCCUCGCCCACGACAUCGACAGCGUCAAGCGCGACGGCGUCGCCGGGCUCCCCGACGACGAGGUCAAGGCGCUCGCUGCUGCGAAGGGGGGCAGCGUGAGCACCAAGGCCGCGGGGACGGCGGGGACGGGCGCACUGAGGGAGAGCAGGAUGGAUGAGGAUGAGGAGCGGGAUGCGGUGUUUUACAGGCUCGAGACGCUGGGGUAUCGCGUUGGGCAGGGCAUGGUUGAGCGGUUCUCGAUUGAUAGGCCACGGUUUACGGAUACGCUUGAUGUGAUUAAGUUCCUUUGCAAGGACCUGUGGAUGCUGGUCUUUCGAAAGCAGAUCGAUAACCUUAAGACUAACCACCGCGGGGUUUACGUCCUGACUGAUAAUGCGUUCCGGCCGUUCUCGCGGAUGAGCACUGAGGCUGGUGGACAGGCUGUUGUGCGCGCGCAACCGUUCCUGUGGUUUCCGUGCGGCGUUAUUAGAGGCGCGCUGGCGAGUAUGGGGAUAAAUGCGACGGUGCAGGCGGAGACGUCGGAGCUGCCGGGGGCGACGUUCCAGAUUAAGUCUAUUACUGUGAAUCCUUGAUGGAUAGCAGCAUGUGCAUAUCCCGGCGAGGGAACGGUGGGGACUAGGGAGGGUAGACUAUAUGGGAUAAUAUACUAUGGAGGAGGGCACGCAGGCUGAGUAGAUUGCUUCGGAGGUUGGUUUUUAGUCACAGCGGUUUAGCGGCAUACACUGGCGUUGGGAAUGGCAUAUCACAUUGCCUGGAAUGAGACAUAUUUUACGCUAUUCACCAAGAGCUACAUAUUCAUGUGAACUUGUAACAUAG